CAUUCAACAUUCUCUUCAGACACGUAUCUGUAAAAUGGCAAUGACUGGACCGAGGUGCGGGGAAUUAUCUUGAACUUUGUCAGGGGAAUGUGACCAGGAAAUGCGAACAGAUUUUUGACUGCAAGCAAUAAAUCGCCUGCUUUACUGUCGACAGGGAAGGCUGUGCUAUCUCGUGUCACCGCUCCCAGGGGUUUCACAAGCUCACAGAAUGGACGGCACGCUUGGUCUAUAAUUUACUGGAAUGAAAUAAACCCUAUGGAUCACUGAAAUGCGAUAUACCGCUUCAUUUUAACCUGAUAUAAACAUAAGGGACUGGUGAACAACUUCAGGAUGGAGGAUUUCAGAGAGAGGUUCAUAAUGUGCUGUCAAAGUACUUUCCCGUGUUUCAGGGACCCGGCGAAUAACACCUCAUCUGGCACCGAGAAACGGGAUAUUAAAGUGAUUGUAAACGAAGACGCUGCGAGAAGGGCCAACAUGACAUUACCUCCGCCACCUGUGGAGAAACCCGGCUACGUUUACGUUGCGCUGUACGACUACACGGCGCGCACGGAGCAUGAUUUGAGCUUUAACGCAGGGGACAAACUGGAGCCACUCCGCAAAGAGGACGACUGGUGGUACGCGAGAGGAAUCACCGGGAUUUCAGCGAACAAAGAGGGCUACAUUCCUGCUAAUUAUGUUGCGCCCAUAGAAAGCCUCGACGCUGAACCAUGGUAUUUUCCAGAAACAAAGCGCUUGGAGGCUGAGAAGAUGUUGACGUCUCAAGAGAACAAGAAUGGAGCUUUUCUAAUCAGAAACUGUGAAAGCCAGCAAGGGGAGCUUUCACUCUCAGUGCUGGACAACGGAAAAGUGAAGCAUUAUAAGAUCAGAAAGCUGGACAAUGGUGGCUACUUCGUGUCAAAGACUCGUAGUUUUUUCACACUGAGAGAACUAGUGGAGCACUACUCCAGAAAUGAGGAUGGCCUCUGUGUUUGUUUGGCAGAGCCCUGCAAAAAAACAAUGGCUCCAGAGACACAUGGCCUAUCUUACAACACUGUGGACCAUUGGGAGAUCUCGCGUUCCUCUUUAAAACUCUUGAAGAAGUUGGGAGCAGGGCAGUUUGGCGAGGUCUUUGAAGGCAUAUGGAAUGACAGAACAGCCGUCGCUGUCAAAACACUCAAGCCAGGAACUAUGGAUCCAAAAGACUUCCUGCGAGAAGCUCAGAUCAUGAAGAAACUCCGUCAUCCCAAACUGAUCCAGCUCUAUGCUGUCUGCACUACGGAAGAGCCCAUCUACAUCAUCACGGAGCUCAUGAGCAACGGGAGCCUUCAAGAAUAUCUGCAAAAAGACAAAGGUGCUUCUCUGCAAAUGUCUGAUCAGAUAGAAAUGGGAGCACAAGUGACAUCUGGCAUGGCAUACCUUGAGUUGCAGAACUACAUUCACAGAGAUCUUGCGGCACGAAACGUUCUGGUGGGAGAUAACAAUGUGUGCAAGGUGGCCGACUUUGGCUUGGCACGAGUAUUUCAGAUGGAAAAUGAGAAUGUUUAUGAGGCCAAAGAAGGAACCAAGUUUCCAGUGAAAUGGACUGCUCCCGAGGCCAUCCACGAGAACAAAUUCACCAUCAAAUCUGACGUCUGGUCUUUUGGGAUCCUACUGUAUGAAAUUGUGACGUUUGGACAGAUGCCUUACCCAACCAUGACGAACUUUCAAGUGGUACAAAAGUUGCCCAAAGGCUACAGGAUGCCAUGCCCUCUUAACUGCCCAAAAUAUUUGUAUGACAUCAUGUCCGAAUGCUGGAAGGACUCCCCUGCAGACAGACCCACCUUUGAAACUCUGCAGUGGAAACUCGAGGAAUUCUUUGAUAUGGAUUUAAGCUCUUAUGAUGAUGUAAACCGCUACUAAAAGACACCACUGCUUACAAAUGUAAUGUAACUGCAAACGAGCCAAGAGCAGAGUUUCGAUGAGCAAGUCUGAGAUGCUGUUUUAGUAUCAAAUGAUCCAAAUGCCUUUAUGUACUCUUAGAGUACACAUAUAAUAUGCUCAAUGUACUCAUCAAGAGUUUUCAUAUGUACAAACUGCAUAAGGUAGAGCUCAAGCAUGUAAUUAUUUGGAUGUUAAAAAACUUUCUCCCAUCCUGGAUUAAUUUGCAGAGACGACUGUAGGUAACCUAUUCAUCAUCGGUUGGUUGCCCUGGAAAGCGCAUUCAAAACAAAUUUCUCUGCUGGUUUUAAUAUUCUGCCCAAAGAUAUUGGAUAUUGAAUCAAUGUAUGUGGCGGCACUAGAUUCUGCCGACCUGUGACAAACUGGAGGAUGUGUGGAAUGGAAACCAGUCAAUUUAUGCAGUUCUGUCGACUCUACUGACACAGAUUUUGCACAAUUCACAGCACAAUUUCUUUAAAUCAAAUGUAUUCUGAGCCUUCUGAUUAUUUCCUUUUUGCAUUCUUCCAUUCAGUCUGUGGAGGUAUAGUUCUGUCUGUAUUUGCUGCUGUGUAAAUGCCGUAUGCCAGCAAUAUCAUGGUGGUUUAGUGUCACUUGACUUGCACUUUGCAUGCUGGUGCCAUGAAACCGAAACUACUGAGGAAUAACUAUAAAGAGCCUGGGCCAUACACAUGUAUGGAAACAGGCAGCAGUGUAUCCGGAUUAACCAGUUUUACGUUAAGUAGUGAAUGAGUCACUGCCUGCCAGACUAACAGCAUUACUUGUUUAAAGACAGGAAUGCUCAGAAUCCACUACAUACAUUUGCUCACAGCAUUAAGCAAUAUGCAAAAGUGCACAUUGAGACUAGAUUCGCAAUCAAGCCUUAGUGAAAACUGUAAUAAUUAGAUCAUGUAUCGUACAGUCA